AUGGCUCUAAUAGUUGGCUGUGGAUUGCAAGCCAUUCAACAACUCUCUGGAAUUAAUACAUCAUCUCCUCCACAAUUCUCUACUGAUCACAGAACUGAUGACAUUAAUGCCCUCCUCAAUGUCAUAGCGAGUGCUGAUGAGUUUAUUUACAUUGCUGUAAUGGACUAUGAACCAGCCAUUGUCUAUAGCUACCCUAAAAAGUACUGGCCGGUGAUAGAUGAUGCAUUGCGUACAGCAGCUUAUGAGAAAGGGAUUGAGGUACGUCUGCUGGGCAGUCACUGGGAGCACUCUCCUUGUGACAUGAGGAGCUUUCUUGAGAGUCUGGGGUCUUGGAAUGUUACCGGACCCAAGAAUGGAAGCAUAAAAACAAAAUACUUUGUUGUUCCGCCACUGAAUGACACUCAGAUCCCAUACACAAGAGUCAAUCAUAACAAGUACAUGGUCACUGAUAAAGCUGCCUAUGUUGGCACAUCAAACUGGUCAGGGGAUUACUUUAUAUCCACUGGUGGUGUCAGUUGUAUUGUCAAAAAACCUAAUAUAACUGAUCCUGAUUCACUAUCAAUACCAGAAGAACUGAAGCUUGUUUUCGAGAGAGACUGGGACUCUAGAUACACUUUUGAUAUUAAUACUGUUGAACAGCCUCCAUACUGCCAUGAUAAUAAAUAGUUUGCUUCUUUUUAAAUUAAACCUUCUCCAUGUGAAGCAUAAA